AUGGGUUGCAUUGAGAGGGAGAGGAACACACUUCUCAGCUUUAAAGCCGACCUAACUGAUCCAUACAACUUCUUGUCUUCAUGGGAAGGCCGCGAUUGUUGUAAAUGGACGGGAGUCGUCUGCAGCAAUACGACGAGCCAUGUUGUGAAGCUUGAACUUGGAAAUUUAUCCUUGAGUGGUGAGAUCAAACCAUCUUUGUCUCUUUUGAGUGAUCUAAAGCACUUAGAUCUUAGCAUGAAUAAUUUUUACGGUAACAGCAUUCCCACGCAUAUAGGUUCUUUGCAAAAGUUGAAAUAUCUUAACCUCUCCAAUGCAUGGUUCAAUGGAAUUGUGCCUGCUCAACUUGGAAAUCUAUCAAAUCUCCGCUAUCUCGAUCUCAAUGCACAAAAUUCUAUUUUUCCCCUGAUUAGUGUAGAUAACAUGUGGUGGCUCACCAAUCUGUCUUCUUUGAAGUAUCUUGAUAUGAGUAUAGUGAAUUUGAGUACAGUUCCAAAUUGGCUCCAAGUAGUAAACAUGCUUCCAUCCUUAGAAGUGCUUCAUUUGGAAAGCAGUCUUCUUUCUGGAAUUCCCACGUCUCUGUCGUACGUCAACUUUACAUCUCUGAAAGUGCUUGAUCUAAGUGGUAACCUCCUCAACUCUACCUUACCUAAAUGGCUGUGGAAUCUUAGUCGCAUCACUCAUCUCGACCUUUCAUACAACAAUUUACAUGGAUUUAUUCAUGAUGAAUUUAGCUGCUCGGAAUCCCUCAAUGUUCUUUCUUUACGUGGUAAUAAUUUCAAAGGUAUGUCUUCAAGAGCAUUCCGCGAGCUCCGCAACUUGAUUACUUUGGAUUUGGGCGAAAUCGGCUUUAGUGGGGAUAUUUCAGAAUGGAUCGACACGUUGGGAGGAUGCACAAUUUAUAAGCUACAAAACUUGUAUUUGCGGCUAAACAAUUUAAAGGGGAAUUUGUCAAGAUGGCUAGAAAAAAUGACCAGUCUAACUACUAUAGAUGUGAGGUACAACUCACUCACCGGUACCAUCCCAGUAGGAGUAUGGACGCUUCCUAAUAUUACAUAUUUGGAUCUUUCUAGUAAUUCAUUAGAGGGUGUAAUAUCUGAGGUCCAACUUAAUCAUCUUGGAGGAAUAAAAGAACUUUACCUUUCAAAUAACUCCAUAACGGUUCAAUUUAGUGACAACUGGGUUCCUUCUUUCCAACUCAAAGAACUUGGAUUGGCGUCGUGCCGGCUGGCACAGAAAUUUCCAACUUGGUUGCAAGGACAGACACAACUAGAAAUUCUAGAUUUAUCAAAUAAUCGAAUUGUUGAAACACUUCCUAGUUGGUUGUGGAGUAUAUCUCAAUCCCUAAAUUAUGUGGAUUUAUCCAAUAAUCAGAUCAAGGGGAAUUUGCCAUUACCAUUGGACCGAACGAUGAUAAACUCGUUGAAUUUGAGCUUUAAUCAAUUUGAAGGCCUAUUGCCGUCUUUACCGCCUACUAUUAUUUUAUUGGAUCUCUCUAAUAAUUUCUUUAAAGGUCCAUUACCAUCCUCUAUAUUACCAGAUUUAUCUUACUUGUUUCUCUCAAACAAUAGUUUUGAUGGUACUAUACCACAUUCUUUAUGCAAAGCACUUUAUUUAAUGCUUCUCGAUCUGUCAAGGAACAACCUAUCUGGAGAACUUCCCCAAUGUUUAGGGAGAAUACAAAAGAUGAGCCUAUUUAUUAUAGAUGUGUCCAACAAUAAUCUUUCUGGGAGCAUCCCUGACUCUAUUUGUCAUUUAGAUGGUUUGUCAUUAUUAAAUGUGGACAACAAUAGCUUGUCAGGAGAAUUUCCUUCUUCCUUGCAAUAUUGUAGACAGUUAGUUUUUCUUGACCUUGGGCAUAACAAGUUCUCCGGAGCAAUACCAACAUGGAUUGGUGAAAAAAGUUUGUCAUCCCUCAUGAUUCUUAGCUUGCAUUCAAAUAUGUUUUCUGGUAGCAUUCCCCCACAAGUUUUACAGCUUGGAUAUCUUCAAGUGUUGGAUCUAUCUCAUAACAAUCUAUCGGGGAUUAUACCCCGAUCUAUUGGCAAUUUCAGUUGGAUGGCUUUGCAAAAAGGUGGAAAGACAAAAAGUACGGAAGAAUUAGAGCAAGGAACAUUCUUUGGCUUUUCAACUAGUUUUUUGUUUGUUAUUAAAAGGGCCGAACGACUCUUUUCGAACAUUCUCGACCUUAUGGAGAGCAUAGAUCUUUCUGAUAAUAACUUAUUUGGGGAGAUUCCUGACGAGAUUGGAGAUUUGUGGGCACUGCAGAACUUAAAUUUGUCGCGAAAUCAUUUAUCAGGAAAUAUCCCAGAGAAUAUCGGCAAAAUGAAGUCUUUGGAAUCUCUUGACCUUCGAAUGAACAAUCUUUCUGGCACUAUUCCGCAAAGCCUCUCCGCACUGACUUAUUUGAAUCACUUAAAUUUAUCAUACAAUAAUCUAUUAGGACCAAUUCCGACAGGAAAUCAACUACAAACCCUUCCUGACUCAUCCAUUUACACUGGCAAUCCAUAUCUUUGUGGACCACCGACUACUAAAAAUUGCUCUACAAAUGAAUCAGUUCACGAUUUAAGCGAAGGGACUGCAGAUAGAUUCGACAAGUUUGAAAGAUUAUGGCUCUCUGUCAGUGUGAUUUUGGGAUUUAUCACGGGAUUUUGGGCGAUUUGUGGUGCUUUGUUAAUCAGCAAAUCUUUCAGGUACGGUUAUUUCAAUUUGAUUGAUACUAUGUAUGAUAGGCUUUAUGUUGCAGUCGCAUUAACUCACGCUAGGUUGAUGAGGAGGUGGGCAAAUUGA